UUCAGUUUUCUGACAACUUGUGUUUGGUUUGUCUGACGUUUCUUCUCCUUUCCCUAACUUUCAUCAUGUGUGACGACGAAGUUGCUGCUCUUGUCGUAGACAAUGGCUCCGGUAUGUGCAAAGCUGGCUUUGCUGGCGACGACGCACCCCGUGCCGUCUUCCCGUCCAUCGUCGGUCGUCCCCGCCAUCAGGGUGUGAUGGUCGGUAUGGGCCAGAAGGACAGCUACGUGGGAGACGAGGCCCAGUCCAAGAGAGGUAUCCUGACCCUCAAGUACCCCAUCGAGCACGGUAUCGUCACCAACUGGGAUGAUAUGGAGAAGAUCUGGCAUCACACUUUCUACAAUGAACUGCGUGUUGCCCCAGAGGAGCACCCCGUCCUUCUCACGGAGGCUCCCCUCAACCCCAAGGCUAACCGUGAAAAGAUGACCCAGAUCAUGUUCGAGACCUUCAACACACCCGCCAUGUACGUCGCCAUCCAGGCUGUGCUCUCCCUGUACGCCUCUGGACGUACCACCGGUAUCGUCUUGGACUCCGGUGAUGGUGUAACUCACACCGUCCCGAUCUACGAGGGAUAUGCCCUUCCCCACGCCAUCCUCCGUCUCGACUUGGCUGGCCGUGACUUGACCGACUAUCUCAUGAAGAUCCUCACCGAGCGUGGUUACUCUUUCACCACCACUGCUGAGCGUGAAAUUGUCCGUGACAUCAAGGAGAAGCUCUGCUACGUUGCCCUCGACUUUGAACAGGAAAUGCAGACUGCUGCUUCAAGCUCUACCCUGGAGAAGAGCUACGAGCUUCCCGACGGUCAGGUCAUCACCAUCGGCAAUGAGCGUUUCCGCUGCCCAGAGGCUCUCUUCCAGCCAGCCUUCCUCGGAAUGGAAUCUGCUGGUAUCCACGAGACCACCUACAACUCCAUCAUGAAGUGCGACGUCGACAUCCGUAAGGAUCUGUACGCCAACGUUGUCCUGUCCGGUGGUACCACCAUGUACCCAGGUAUUGCCGACCGUAUGCAUAAGGAAAUCACUGCUCUAGCUCCACCAACCAUGAAGAUCAAGAUCAUUGCCCCACCAGAGCGCAAAUACUCCGUAUGGAUUGGUGGCUCCAUCCUGGCCUCGCUGUCCACCUUCCAGCAGAUGUGGAUCUCCAAGCAGGAGUACGAUGAGUCUGGCCCUAGCAUUGUCCAUCGCAAGUGCUUCUAAGCGCUCAGGCUAACGUUGAGUGACAUUAUGGAUGUAGGUAUGUGCUUAUUCUAGGGACGAUUCCAAUCCGUCGACAACCAAAACACAAUCAAUACCUUCAAAACUAUUAUCUUUUUAAAAUCACUGCCUACUGGCAUACUGGUAUAAUUAUAUUACAGGCUUUCACAUUCCGUUUGCUUGCUUCUAUCUUUUAUCAAGUUUCUCCACGAUCUUUCUGUGGUUUCUCGUCUUAUGUUCUUUACUCAUAGACAAUCUUUACGCAAAAAGAACAAGCAUACGAAAGUCCAAUUUUAUCAACCAUGCCUGGAUUAUCUGCUGUUAUGUGCAUCUGCGCAGGUUUUCGUGGCCUGUACCAGUCA